GUGGGAGAAAUGAUUUAAAAGUAUCUCCGACAUUUUGUUUAUUUCACCUGACAAAUAAAAUGAACUGUCGAUUUCGGAUAACAUUCUACGCAGGGCAAAUAAAUCACAGUUUUUGUAAUCAUAAAUAGGUUUGCUCACUUUUUGUUUACUUUUUGAUUGUAAGUUGAAUUUUGCCUCUAGCAAAAAAUGUGGUGAUUUUCCUAAUUCAGGAAAGACUUUAGUGCUAGGCUGCUCUCACGGUUCCUUGAUUUUCUCAGCAAAUGAGAAGAUCCUACAGAAGUAAUAAGACUCGAGACUUUCGAGACUCGGGACUAUUCGAGACUAAAGUUUCGAGUGUCGAAACUUUUCGAGACUACAGUAUUGAGACUUCUCGUCUCGGUGCAUGCCGGAUAUUGUUCUCUUUUCCUACUCAAGAAACAUGUCGUAUGUCAUAAAGAAAACUUUAUGAAAUACAAUAGUGACUAUUGUAUUUCGAACUAAUGUAAUCUUGCUUUAUUUAGAAUCUCUUACAUGUGGGUGUUAUUCGUUCAGUUGCUUAUUUAUGGAUACGUUUAUUACUUAUGAGAUAUGCAAAUCCUUGUAGUAAAGACAAGGACGAUUAUACACCAGCGCACUACGCCGUUGAGCGAGAUGAUGUUGAAAUGUUGAAAGCAUUAACCGUGCGAUUCCACCCCACAGUUCAAAUAUUAAAAGAUUCCGACAUCACUAAUAUCCACCGCCGAUGCCUAGAAGCAUUAGUUAUACGAGAGAAAUUUGGUGGAAUGACUACAUUUAUGCUUGCAUGUAAAAAUCAAGCUGAGAAAUGUAUGAGGUAUAUUCAUGAGCUUGGUCUGGCUUUUGUGAACGAGCAGGAUAUAUAUGGUGACACGGCACUGCACUAUAUUGUUACACGAAAUAACGUUGCUUUAACAAAUUAUCUAAUUGAUGAAUGUAAGGCAGAUUCCAAUGGCGGUGAUGAGCACCGUCCUAGUCCAUUAGACAUAGCACUAUACACUGGAAAUGUCGAAAUUCAGGAUAAGUUAAAGAAACACAAUGGACAAUCUCGAUGUCGAAUUGAAAAACGAAUACAUUCAACUUCCGAUGUUACAUCAAAAUUUGAGAAUUUAAACCUUAAUAUAGCUCCGAACAAUACCAGUGCACUUUUCACUAAUCCAACAAUCUCUAGUUCAUUUAUAGCAUUUGAUAAUGAUCAGGUUGAAAACCCAAUAAACAAUACUGAUGAUCGAAGCCCGAUGACCCAGGUAUCUGACCUUCAAAGCAAAACUAUUCAGUCUACAACAGCAACUGACUCCGAUAAGGCGUUAAAUUAUUAUAAAGAUUUAUUGAAGUUAUAUGACCAAAAAUAUUGUAAUGUGUCUCAUGUAGACAUCGUUCGAGCAAAUAUUAGCAUUGGCUCAAUCUACCAUCGUAUUCGUGAAUACGCAUUGGCAUUGCGCAGUUACGAAAACGCUUUAAAAAUGGCUUCAGAUCUCAAUACUCAACCAGAAAUGGCCAACUGUGAAUCGAACAUUGGACUAAUAUUAGCUAUAAAAAAAAAUGAUAUAGCCGCAUUACAGCAUUUCCAAAAAGCAUUAGAACUGAGACAGAUGAAUCCGGCUCAAAACGCAAAUGAAAUAGUGAGAUUAAAACGGUUUAUCGAAAGUCUAAAGAAAAAAGACUUUUUAAACGAACUAUUUAAAUCAACAUUUGAACAACAUUUAAAUAGUAUUUAUUUUCAACAAACAAUUGAUAUUGAUUUCGGUUAUUCCUUUAUACCAGAAAGACCGUUAAAUAUUGCUGAUUGUCAUGCCAUGACAAUCCCCAUGGGAGAUGAAAAUCGACUCAUAUUAAUGGGAUAUGUGAGAUUAUUACCAAGAGAUAAAUUUUAUUUUAUACUUAUACGUAAUACUAAUGCAACACCAGAUUUAGAUGGUAAACACGAAUGUCAAAUGAUAAUUGAUUUAUUAUCGACUCCAUCGUUAACCACAACAAAUAGCAUUGAUCAUCAUGAUCAUCAUCGAAGAAUAUAUUCGCUAACAAAUAUGUCAAUUACACAAGAUCGAAAAGUACAGUUUACAAUACAAGACUUACGUGACCGACUACUUCCAUCUAUUAAAAAUCAAAUUAAAACCCUUGUUGAUACAGAUAAUUUUGAACCGGGUAUCAAUUGUUUUGAUCACCAAAAAAAGAUACUUUUGAUCACCAAACGCCUUUAG